GCCGUCAGAGCAUGAGGAUGGCCGUGGGCUCGGUCAAGAUGCAGCCACCGUGUGAGAGCCCGGCCCUGGCUUCGGCGGCCACCGGGACCCCUGCGGACGGCCCCCUGCGCCGCAGCCCGAGCGCCCGCGAGCCGGAGCGCGAGCCUCCCUCGUCGCUGCGGCCGCGACUGCGGGACCUGCCCGCGCUGCUGCGGAGCGGGCUCACGCUGCGGAGGAAGCGGAGCGCCGCGGGGGCCCGGUUCUGGAAGUUGGCAUAUCCAGGAUCAGUGUUCAAGCUGGUCCUGUUCUGGACUCUCUCAAGAAGAAUUUCCAAUCCUUACCUUGAACAUACUCCUUCCCAGAUUUAUGGAGAGAAUUCUUCUUGUGCAGGAAGAGCAUUGAGAAAUAUUAUUAUCGUUCAAGCAUCUGACCUGGUAAAGGAUAGAGUGAACCUCAAGGGGUUUUACAGGAGAAGCUGCGUGGGGUCGGAGCUGGUCGACUGGCUUCUAGAGCAUUGUCCUUUCGUUGAGUGCAGAUCUAUGGCCAUUGGGGUCUGGCAGCUCCUACUGGAUAUGGGAAUUAUGUCAUCAGUGGACCAGCAUCUAUACUUUCAAGAUAAUUAUGUGUUUUACCAGUUUUCCUCGGAUGAAUGUAGCUACUUAUACUGUGAAUUUGAAAGAGAAGAAGAAUGGCAAAAUGGUGUCAAGCUUUUGCUGCAACUCGUGCCUCUCAUUCCUGCUCGAGCUGGCAUCUGUGACCUGUCUCAUCAGAAAAUGGAAGACGCAGAAGAAAGCAGUGAUGAAAUUCUCGCCCGUCUAACAUCAGCGGUGCAGAGAGAGCUAGCAGCUGUUAUUGCUUUGAAAGCAAGGAAGUCUGCAAUUGAACAUGAUGAUGAAAACAGUGACAAAAACAUUACUGUGACAGAAGCUGAUGACAGCCCCGAUCCUCAGGCUGGGGUGAUGUGCAAGCUUCAAGAGAGAGAUGAUAUCGGACGUAUUGAACUGGUCCAGAAACUGGCAAGAGAAAACUGUCAGCUUCUACAGACAGACAAAAAAGAGCCGGAGAAAUCAGAACACCAAGAUGAUGAAGUGAGGAUGGUUCAGGUUAAAGAGCAAGGCCGGAGCGUGUUGGUGCUGAAGAAAGUGCCGAGCUGUGGCCCAGCCCCCACGGCAGGGAGUGCGGAGAGCGACGUGAGAUACGUGGUGGUGUCUGGGACCCCGGAGAAGAUCUUGGAGCACCUUUUGAAUGACUUGCACCUGGAAGAAGUCCAGGACAAAGAAACAGAGACUCUCCUUGAUGACUUUCUUCUCACGUAUACUGUCUUCAUGACAACUGAUGACUUGUGCCAGGCGCUGUUAAGACACUAUUCUGCGAAGAAGUAUCAAGGCAAAGAAGAAAACUCAGAUGUUCCUUGUCGGAAGCGUAAGGUCCUACAUCUUGUUUCCCAGUGGAUAGCUCUCUACAAAGACUGGCUGCAUGAAGAUGAGCAUUCAAAAAUGUUUUUAAAGACCAUAUACAGGAAUGUACUGGAUGAUGUCUAUGAAUAUCCAAUACUUGAAAAAGAAUUGAAAGAAUUUCAAAAGAUACUUGGAAUGCAUCGUCGUCACACCGUAGAUGAAUAUUCACCACAGAAGAAGAAUAAAGCCCUUUUCCACCAAUUCAGUCUUAAGGAGAAUUGGCUCCAGCAUAGAGGAACUGUGACUGAAACAGAGGAAAUUUUUUGCCAUGUGUAUAUAACAGAGCACUCCUAUGUCAGUGUUAAGGCAAAAGUUUCUAGUACAGCCCAGGAGAUCCUGAAGGUCGUGGCUGAGAAGCUCCAGCGUGCAGAAGAGGAUCUAGCUCUGGUAGCCAUUACCUUCUCUGGAGAAAAGCAUGAAUUUCAGCCAAAUGACUUGGCCAUUUCCAAAUCCCUAGAAGCAUCUGGUCGGAUGUAUGUCUACCGGAGAGACCUGGCCGACACUUUGAACCCUUUUGCAGAAAAUGAGGAAUCACAGCAAAGGUCGAUGAGGAUUUUGGGAAUGAACACUUGGGAUCUUGCUCUGGAAUUAAUGAAUUUUGAUUGGAGUCUAUUCAAUUCAAUUCAUGAGCAAGAACUGAUCUACUUCACGUUCAGCAGACAGGGAAGUGGGGAGCACACCAUGAACCUCAGCCUUCUGCUCCAGAGAUGCAAUGAAGUCCAGCUCUGGGUGGUCACCGAGAUUCUGCUCUGUAGCCAGCUGGGCAAACGUGUUCAGCUGGUGAAAAAAUUCAUCAAAAUUGCCGCUCACUGCAAAGCCCAGCGGAACCUGAACUCUUUCUUUGCUAUUGUGAUGGGUCUCAACACUGCCUCUGUCAGCCGGCUGUCACAGACCUGGGAGAAAAUUCCUGGGAAAUUUAAGAAACUUUUUUCUGAACUUGAAAGUUUAACGGAUCCUUCCCUAAACCAUAAAGCCUACAGGGAUGCAUUCAAAAAGAUGAAGCCACCAAAAAUCCCUUUCAUGCCCUUAUUGCUUAAAGAUGUAACAUUUAUUCAUGAAGGAAAUAAAACAUUCUUGGAUAAUCUUGUCAAUUUUGAAAAACUGCACAUGAUUGCAGACACUGUCCGAACCCUGAGACACUGCAGGACCAACCAGUUUGGAGGUGACAUGUCUCCAAAGGAGCACCAAGAAUUGAAGUCCUAUGUCAACCACCUGUAUGUCAUCGACAGCCAGCAGGCCCUGUUCGAGCUCUCCCACAGGCUAGAGCCCCGAGCCUGAGCCAUUCUCACCACCCCAGCAGCUGCAGCACUUUGAGAAGAGAAGGUGUCCAUCCAGUCAGCACAUUACUUCCUGUGAGAAAAGAAGUUGCUGAGUUUUAUCAGCAUACCCCAACACAUGUGCAGGAAAGCCAGCCAAAGCAAGUUCAGGAAAUGAUGUCAGCCAUCAGAGGUGGGAGAGGCCUCCACUGCUGUCAGAAUGAGAAGGCAGGAGUCAGAGGCAUCCUUGAAACAGAAAGGUCUUUCUUGUAAUUAUUAUUUUGAUCCAGUCCAAGCUUCAGCUGUGGUCCACCAGCAUCAAGAGAAGAAACCACGUUUUGAUAUGCAGUGGCCAUUUAUUUUUUUUCAAUAGCGCAUGGGUACAGCAGGCAGGACUGACACUUUGCCUGGCCUCAUGUGUCUGCCCAUAGGCUGUUAAGAGACUUAGAAUACCCGAGGACAGUGAGUGAUGGUCUCUCCAGAGGUCCCAGGAGGAGGAGAGGUCUCUGUCACUAUAAACUUGACAUCACCAAAAGCCACUUGCAUUAGGAGACAAGCAGCUGACAGAUGUACCCUGCUGUGCAAUGAGAAAUGCCAGGCGUGCAUCUUUGCAUCCACAGUCACGUACUGAUCUCUGCACAGCUGCAAUCUGCACCACUGAUUUGCCCCUGUAAGCAAAGUAGACAGUCACUUUUCCCAUAAGGAAAUGAGGAGGGAGGCUUUAGGAAAUUGACAUUAAUUUCUGGGAAUUUUCUUCACUUUUUUUUUUUUUUUUUUUUUUUUUUUGUGGGGCACAAUAUGAUUUUCAGAAAAGCACAGUGCCAGGUCCGUGGGUGCUCAAAUCUGCUUACUAAGGUGACAGACCACAGUGUCCAUGUUCUUGUGCCUGAAGAAGUCUUGUGUUUUACAUACCCCAGUUGGGCUCCCUGCCCACAGAAUCUGAAGAUCAGCUGGUAAAGGGCAGGAGUGGAACAUGGGGUUGAGUUUGUGAAGCUUUCAAUUGGACUUACCAAACUUUCAGUAAGCAAAAAACACCCAGAAACACCUGAAGUCUGAUUUAUAUUGGAGACUAGGAAAGUAGGAAGCCUUUUUGUAAUUAGCCUUUUUCUUUUCUUUUUCCCAAAGACUUAGCCCCUUGAGUCUUUUUCUUUUUCUUUUCUUUUUUUAACUCCCAUUUUUACAAACUGGUCUCCUGUACCAAACAGGGCUCUUGCUAGUCUCAAGGAUUGGUUAGAGGAUUUCCUUGAACACUCAAGGAAGCAGAAGGCUUAUGGGUUAAAAUAAGCCUGCCCUCCCUGCUAGCUAGAUGCUAAUCCCUUUACUACAAUACAAGGCCCCUGUCCAGUGUAUUUGUCCAUGCAUUUCUAAUCAUAGGGACUUCAGUGUGCUUCUCACCCUCCUGCAGGGUCAGCUCUUGCAUGUCCACACAGACUUGCUUCCUGGCCUGUUCAGCACCUUGUCCAUCCUCAUUACUGCAGUCUGAGGCAUGCCCCUUGCCUCCUGAAUACCUUGAGAGCCAUGCUGUUUCCUGGGCUCAGGACCACAGUGCACUUGAGAUACUGCUAGAAGGAACUAUAUGGAAAGUGUUUUUGGUAGAACUGUCAAAAAGAAUGCUACAAGAUUUUAUACAAACACUCCAACCAUGUCUGGUCCCUAUAGAAAAGUGCUUUAUGGUGCCAACAACAGAAUGAGACCUGUUAGAGAAGACUAGAGCCAUAAAACUAGGGAAAUCCACCUUCCUGGUGCCGGAUCAAGCAUUUACAAAGCUCUUGGCAAUUUCUGAGAACAGCACAGACUUAUAGCACAAACACUUGCAUCUUUUCUCUAAGCUGGCAACCAGGAUUGGUUGGGCUAGUGCAGUUGUGUAAGGCCAUUUUGACCAUUGUCUUUGUAGCAACUUAAUGUAUUUACACUAGCCCUACAUUGCUCCAAGCAGAACCUUUUGUUUCAAACUGAUUUUCGGUGGAGAUCCAUUUCAGUAGAACAUAGUUUGUGUAGACCCCAGUUCAGAUAUGUGCACUUGGCCACAUGGGCCACACACACAUCAUGUUUUAAAAUGUCUUGUGUGGUGCACUGAGAUAUUCCUGUGUAAUGUGUAAAAACAGGUUGGGAGAGCAUGGUAUGGUUGCUUUUUCCUCAAAAGGAAGAUAGGAUUUUAUUUGGUUUAGAUUUGCCUUCUCGUCCCUGUUUUCUGAAUAUCUAAAAAUCCACAAAUAUUUCUUACUUUUAACAUGUGUUUUUAGAGAUUUCUCAGACAAGAAGUUUAGAAAUUUCAGAAGUUUGAGGAGUCUUAAAUCUGACAUUUAAAAAUUCCAGGCAGAAUUGUGGGAACCGGUUUUGCUCCACAGCAAGCUUUUCCUAAGGAACCUGAACUGUUCAGGAAAUGGGCAGCUGUGGGAGCUGGCGCUCCAUGACCAGGCUGGCCCUAUUCUUUUGCCAGAGCUUCACCUCAGCCUCUUCAGAAUCAGUGUUGCUCUCCCCAGAAGGGUGGACUAGAAGAUAUCUAAGGGCUCUUCCCAUUUCCCUUUGGAUUUUAACAUUGCAUAAGUUCUCCAUUCCCUCUCCAAACCCUAUGUAAUUGACAUUGUCACCAGGGAGUGAUGGCCAGGCCCCUCUACAUGUGCUCUUUUGGUUAAUGGCACAGCUCUCCAGUGGCCCUUGGGUUUUUGAAUUUUCAGCAUUCCAGCAAAGCAAAACCACUUACAAUUUAGCACAGGACAGCAGAACAUAAGUUCAUGUAAUUAAAAUCACCACCUUUCCAAUUUUUAAAAAGAAUGUAUGGUGUUUGCAAAUCCUCCAUAAACUACAUGUUUGAAAUUCGCUGUUACAGUCUUUGUAAUUGCCAAGCGGUGGCUUGGUGGUGGCACGUAUUCAAACCUUCAUUCACAUCUUUUUAAUAUCCUUGAGUUUGCUGAGAAUCAAUCCUUUCCUAACUUGCAAGGUCAGAGGUCAUGUGGUACAUACCUUCGGUUUAGAAACACGAGCAUAAAGUCCCAUGCUUCCCGGUUUAUGGGGAGACAUUUCUCAGAUUUGCAUAAAAGAGGCAGACAUGGAAGAGCUGCCGCUGGAGUGGAUUUCUGAUCUCUAGAACUGGCCCCUCAAAGCUUCUUAAUCCCUGCCCUGCAGUUUUGCUAUAGCCAACACAUAUACUGCAAAUCCCAAACGAAAUGGGACAACCCACCCAGGCUUCUCAGAAACUGGGCAGAAUCGUUAAUGUUUGGAAGAUCAGGCCCAUUGCAGUUGUCCAACACAGGAUUUCUUCUCAACUUCAAAGACAUGUCCUUAAAAUUUCAGCCUGCUCGUUAACUGAAUAAGCCAAUUUUGCUUUAGACUGGUAGAGGAAACAAGUUUUUAAAAAUUGCCAAAAACUUAGAUGAAAAUGUACUACUGUAAAGCAAAGCUGUAUAUACUAAACAUUUUUUAGCAGAGUACUAUUUAUUUGCAUAGCCUAUUUAUUGUAUUCGUAUUACACUGUUAUUAAAUACUUGGAUGAAAUCAAUGACCGGAAGCAAGGACUUUUGCCUUUGGAUGUAUCAUUGCGUAGGACUGCUGUGACAUGCCAGCUUGCGAUAACAAUUAGAAGACAGAAAGCCUGCAGUCCGGGCGUCUACCUAACUUCUCAGGGACUACACUUUGUAGUUUUCCACCAUUCUAAGAGUUGGUAAAUAUGAGACAUUUGUUGAAUUACCAGAACUGCCAUCGCCAGUGUUUCCUUUCGUAUGGCCCAUGCUUUCUGCCUCUGUACAUAUGACUGUGCUGUGUAUUUAUCGAAGCUAGGAAGCAAUAAUUUAUAUGUAAAAAUGGCCAAGCAAUAUAAGGUUAAAACUUAUAUAGGUAACCGUUACCUUAUCUUGUAUUUUCAAGUGUUAUUUUUAACUGCUUUUCCAAAUAUAAGACUAUGUUAAACAGAC